AUGUCGGAGGUAGGAGGGCUGCAGAUGUUAGUUCGGGCUUCUGGUGACAUGCUGCGUUUCCCCCUGGGAUACGCACACUGGCCCCGCACAUCUUCCUUCCGUUUCCGGUCUUACACGUGGAGCAGGGAGAGGAGUGCAGUCUGUGACUGUGCUCCACAAAGGACCAGGAUUGGAGUCGCGGAUGGCCGCUGUGUGUCUGUUCCCAACGUGCCCGGAGCUCCAGGUCCACUCCCGUCCCUCGGCCUGAAUCCGCGGAACUCCGGGUCCUGUCGGCAACCUGCUCUUAGACUUCCCGAAGGUGGAGCGCGGGAAUGUGGACAGAGACCUCAUGAAUGCAAGGAUUGCGGGAAAUCCUUUCGUCGACUCUCAGACCUCAUAACACAUAGAAGAAUCCACAGUGGAGAGAGGCCCUAUGAAUGUAAGGAGUGUAGGAAAUUCUUUAGUCAAUGGUCAAACCUCACAAGACAUAGAAGAAUCCACAGUGGAGAGAGACCCUAUGAAUGUAAGGAGUGUGGGAAAGCCUUUACUCAAUGGUCAGGCCUCACAAUACAUAGAAGAAUUCACAGUGGAGAGAGGCCCUAUGAAUGUAAGGACUGUGGGAAAGCCUUUCUCCGAGCAUCAAACCACAGAACACAUAGAAGAAUGCACAGUGGAGAGAGGCCCUAUGAAUGUAAGGAGUGUGGGAAAGCCUUUAUCCAAGCGUCAAACCUCAGAACACAUAAAAAAAUCCACAGUGGAGAGAGGCCGUAUGAAUGCAAGGAUUGUGGGAAAGCCUUUCAUCGACAGUCACACCUCACAGCACAUAGAAGAAUCCACAGUGGAGAGAGGCCCUAUGAAUGUAAGGAGUGUGGGAAAUCCUUUACUCAAGUAUCAAGCUUCACAACUCAUAGAAGAAUCCACAGUGGAGAGAGGCCCUAUGAAUGUAAAGAGUGUGGGAAAUCCUUUACUCAAUGGUCAGGCCUCACAAUACAUAAACGAAUCCACAGUGGAGAGAGGCCCUUUGAAUGUAAGGAGUGUGGGAAAGCCUUUCUCCGAGCGACGAUCCUCAGAACACAUAUAAGAAUCCACAGUGGAGAGCGGCCCUAUGAAUGUAAGGAGUGUGGGAAAUCCUUUACUCAACAGUCAAACCUUGCAACACAUAGAAGAAUCCACAGUGGAGAGAGGCCCUAUGAAUGUAAGGAAUGUGGGAAAGCCUUUCUCCGAGCAUCAAACCUGAGAACACAUAGUAGAAUCCACAGUGGAGAGAGGCCCUAUGAAUGUAAGGAGUGUGGGAAAACCUUUAAUCAAUUAGCACACCUCACAACACAUAGAAGAAUCCACAGUGGAGAGAGACUUUAUAAAG